AUGUCGAACAACGAACUGGAUGAUGCGGAGAAUCGUCCGCCCGUUUACGCUAACGCGGCUUUCAACGGUCGCUUGCCCACCAUCACGGGUCGCACCGUGGAGGACGUAGGUCGUAGCUCGAGGCGCGUGAGCGCAGCGACUGUCAAUCUGGGCAUAUCCACCGAUACCUGCACUGCUGUCGAAGUUGGUCGGGAAGUCAUCUUUCAUCAUCGUUUGGUGCAGCAAGUUGCGGGUUCCGACGUUGCCCCAGCUUGGUUCCUUCCGGCGUUGCAGACGGCUUUGGCACCCAUCCAAAACAACUUGACGCAGCUCAAGGAUGGCAUGACGCAGCUCAAAGAAGACGUGACGCAGCUCAAAGAAGACGUGACACAGCUCAAAGAAGACGUGACGCAGCUCAAGGACCGCGUAGACCAAGUUGGCAAGGAAACUCUCGGUAUCAAGAACGACGCGAUUCGUCGGGACAACCAGCAACGCCGCACCUUUUGUCGCACCGUUGUGUUUCCUGUUGUCAUUGAAGCUGGAGGACUUGUUGGUAUUGGUGAGACCCCAUCGGUCUUGCACUUUGGGAUAGCAGAGGACACCUUUCGUAGUGUGAAAAGUCUUAUGCAGCUCAACGGGUCGGAUUUGGAUCAAAUCUACAACGUGUACCGUGAGGAGCCGCUUGCCCAUCGUGUUGGACGAAGCACCAUGUCACGCCGUGAGGCUGUCAUCCGAUUAAUCUUUGGGACGUUUUAG